AAGAACAUGUGUGGUAAUGAGUAAACCAAAAGUGUCUUGUGGAGAUUUAGCUCGCCAACUGAUUCAGGCGGUCUAGUUCUUCAUUCCUGCACAGACAUGUAGGAUCUGUUCAAUGGUACCAAUAUUCAUUGAACCGAUUGUGGAUUUUAAUUGUGUAUAAUGCAUACCAUCGGUUAAUGAGUAUUCUUUUGCAUUGGUAUAUUUUUUUCUAGAUCUGCAUUUAAGCUUGAACUCAUAAUCCAGCUUACAAGAUUAUUGUUCAUCAUUCUGCCUCCAACUGCAACUCAGACAACCAUCCAGUCAAACAAAAAAAGGCUAGCUGAUUCCCUUUGGCAGCCUGCCUAAACUUGUUUCUGGAAUAGUUUCAGACUACCAAUCCGCCGUUUCUUUGAAGGAGAAGUCACCUGAGAUAUGCCGCCGUUCUUGCUCCGUCUGAAGCUUUGCGCUAGUUGGUGGCGGCGCAAACUUCUUAGCGCUUUCAAGAGGAAGCAGAAGCCCGAGAUACAGAUUAGCCGUCUCCCUCAGGAAAUUGUGGAUGUGGUGAUCUCAUUUUUGCCAAUGAGGGAUGCUGCGAGAACAAGCGUGAUCUCGAGUGAGUGGAGACAAGGAUGGGAGAGGUACCCCAAGCUAACCCUGAACUCCGAGACAAUGCUUGGCACUAAAAGGGGGGAUAUUUACUAUGCUCCCAAAGUAAAAGCACAAAAAUACAGGGAGAAAUUCAUCGAAAAUGUCCAUGCUCUGAUGCGACACCACCAGGGUUUUGGGGUGGAGGAGUUUGUGCUGGAGUUUGGGCUCAACGAGAAGGAUGCACAUCAUAUUGACAGUUGGAUAACCCAUGCUGCCUCUAUGAGAUUGAAACGACUUGUCAUCGACUUGAGCGUACUGCCGCGGGACUUCGACGCUGACCUGGAGAAUUAUGCAUUCGCUUUGCAGCUUCUAGGUGAGAUCGGCCCAGUAAAGCAUCUCCACGUUCUUCAACUAAGAAAUCUAUCUGUGAAGCCACUCGGUGAUUUCAGAGGGUUUCUGAACCUUACAAUGCUUGAGCUGCAACGUGUGCAUGUUGCAGCGGAUGAUCUCGAAUCGUUGCUCUGCAAAUGCCCUGCUCUUGAGCGGCUAGCACUUAACACAUGCGGACGAUUCGUUUCCUUGCGGAUUGGCCAUCAGCUCCAUCGGCUGGAGCAUUUAUCUCUUGGCAGUAGUACUUUGGUGGAGAACCUACAGAUCAAUGCCAUCAACCUGAAGACAAUUUCACAUGGUUACAACAUCCGGAAAAUAGUUGUGAGAAAAGAUUCUAAAAUCACUGAGGUUAUUGCAAACAUGAAUACCGUACCUGGGUUCCGCAUAUGCAUUGGUUAUAAAGACACACUACAGUAUAUAUUUACUGGCCUUCCCAGUGCUUUGCCCUGUCUAGAGAAGCUAUCAUUGCGUAUCUACGAAAACAUACAGACAUCAGGAGUACCAAAAUGUGCGAGCAGAUUCAUGCAUCUACGGCACCUAACCUUGAGCAUCGACCUCGGCUUCUAUGGCAAAUUCGAUAUUCUCCGACUUGUUCACGUGCUAGAGGCUGCUCCAGUUCUGGAACACUUUGAGCUAAAUAUCGGUGUACUCGUGAUGUCUUGUCAUGAUUGCGACGAAUUGUUACCGUCGGUUGACUCGGUUCCCAGCCAGCCACAUGACCACCUCAAGACGGCCUCAUUCCAAGGGUUUAUAUUCAACAAGGACUUGAUCGCGCUGGCCUUGUACAUCCUGCGCAGUGCUGAAUCGCUGGAGCUCAUGAUGGUGCGAACAAAGCAUGCAUCUGGCCGCUGGAUCGCUGACCACUUUCUUCGCCGAGAGGACCCCCGAAACGUCGUGAAUAUUAUUACGUGAUCACUGGCGGCCAUGGCGGCUAUGUGCAGCGCUGCGUGUAUCUGUCUAGCCGUUGAGUUGGUCGAUUUAAUUGUUGGAUGCAACUGAAAUUGUACAUUUCACUAGUUUUUCAUUUAUAUUUUGCACAAACCACUUGUUUGACAUAUUGUUUGCACAUUUCACCCGUUGUUGGUGUAGUCCAAUGCAGGUUCCGCCAGUUGUUCAUUUAA